AACACAUCCACCACCAAGCCCAUUCCGCAGUAGAAGAGGCACUACGUAGGAGAGCGCAUAGUAGCAUACUGUGUUAGUUGUUUUGUACAUCUCCCGUUGUGUAGUCUUCGUUCGCGUGUUUUCGUUUACUGUUGUUAACUCUGAUCUCCAGUGUCUUCUAGUUUGAGACCACAAGAAACCAAAGAGUACACAAGAGGAGAAUAAAGAACUGUAUUCAAAUUAAGAGAAAUCUAAUCUGCCGAAGCAAUAAACAGAAGUCAUCAUAGCAACAUAGCUAUUCGUCUCAAACAAGUUUCCGUCAUCUAGACCAUCUAUUAGACAAAAUUACAAAAUUACAAAAUCACUCUGUUAUUUUGACAUUCUGGUACAUUAUAGACUAAGAGUAUAGAGCUUACAGUACACUCAUAGUGAAUCAUUAACACCAGCUUCAGAUUCGUAUUCAAAUCACUUUCAUUUUCAAAGCUUUCAUCUUGUCAUUUUCUAAUUACAUUACUUUGCCACAUUUAUCUCCUUGCAAUGAGCGACGUCUACAAGCGAACAGAAGUGAUUGGCCGAGGCAAGUUCGGGAUCGUUUACAAGGGCUACAACAAACAGACCAAACAGGUGGUUGCCAUCAAGGUUCUAAACUUGGACACGGAGGAAGAUGAAGUCAGCGAUGUCCAACAGGAAAUCAAGUUUCUUUCGGAGCUCAAGAAUGUUCCAAAUGUUACUCAAUAUUACGGAUCGUUUUUAAACGAUACCAAGCUCUGGAUCAUCAUGGAUUACUGCGCAGGAGGAUCUUUGCGAACGAUUCUUAAAUCAGGAGUGUUCGAGGAAAAGUAUAUAGGUGUAAUCGUAAGAGAGUUGCUUCUAGCACUAAGUGCCGUUCACAAGUUGGGGGUUAUCCACCGGGACUUGAAGGCAGCCAACGUGUUGAUCACCAAAGAAGGAAGUGUGUUGUUGUGUGACUUUGGUGUCGCUGCUAAGAUCACUUCCAAUGCCUUAAAAAGAACCACCAUGGCAGGAACGCCGUACUGGAUGGCACCAGAAGUUAUCAGAAAGGGUGAUACGUAUAAUAGUAAGGCCGAUAUCUGGUCGUUGGGAAUCACCAUCUACGAAAUCGCUACGGGUAAUCCUCCUUACUGUGACAAGGAUGCCAACUGGGCAAUGCAAAUGAUCUCUAAACUGACUCCUCCUAGAUUGGAGGGCAGAGAGUACUCCGUUGCGUUGAAAGAAUGUAUUGCAUUAUGCUUGGACGAAAAUCCCGACGAGAGGCCCUCGGCCGAUGACUUGUUGAAGUGUAAGUUGGUCAGAGCGUAUAAGAACCAUCCCAAGAUGAUUCUUAAAGAACUCAUUUCUCACUACUUAGUGUGGAGGGAUCACAACUCUUCGCGAGAUACCGUGUAUGUCCACAUAGAAGAUGAACAGCAAGAGGAAGAAGAAGCAAACCAGAGAAAUAACGAAUCCAUGACCCAGAACUCCAAUCAGAUACAGGUCAAGUGGGACUUUGAUUCCUUGAGCAGCAAGGAGUACAUCAUAGAAAACGAUAUAGAAUUCGAAAGGGAAGAAGACAACUUCCACUACCAUGAUGAAGAGAGUGGGGACAUCUAUACGCUUCCAACAUUGCAAGUCAACACUCUCCAGGGCCAGGGUCGUAGCACUAACAUUAACAAUACUACCAUGAACCGAACCCUCACUAAUAAUGGAAGAAACACCAAUAAUCACAACACUAGCAAUAAUUUGGAGAUACCCAAGUCGUUGCAGCUGCUUUUUGAAGACGCCGAUGAUGGAGAAAAAGACCUUCCUAUGCUUCCUACUCCCAAUGUAGCUUCUUUUUCUGAUCAGAGAGUCGAUUCGCCAACUAUUGAAAUUCCAGAUAUGGAUAAUUUGGGAAAUUUCAGUACUGCCACUUUGUCUACAGCUUCAUCCAACCACCCUCCAUUGAACAAGCCUCCUACGUUAUAUCAUUCACAAUCUGCUUCUGGUUCAUUAGAGUCGCGAUUCGCUUCCAUGAACUCUGCGAUUAAUAGACCCAGAAAGAAAACUAUUUCUAACACCCUUGGAAAUGGCUCUAAUAUGUCUAGCAUGACAAGCAUUAGCAAUGGCAACUUGAAGACACCUUCCCCAAAGCCGCCUUCUACUGCUGUGCUAAUGAGUUCUGCUGGACUUUCUGCGUCCAGCGGAUCACCUUCCAAAUCCAUGAAAGCUUUACAUUCUAACUCUAAUCCUCUUCUACAACCUAUCAACUUCAAAUUGCCCAAUGAGGCUGGUAACAACGAAAAUGUUCCAGGCUUGGUCCGGACGAAUCUGACCAGUAUCCAGCCCAUUCAUUCACAGUCCAGUAGCAGCUCUAUACCAUCUACAACUUCUACAGCGGCCACCUCUAUAAGUUCAGUUGGGUCUAAGUCCAAAAUGGGAAGACCUUUGCAUAUUCAAAUGCCAACGCCGUCUAACAUGGUAAACCAGUUGUCGGCCUUAACUAACGAUGGCUUUAGCAAUCAGGAUACAGAUAACGUAAACCAGUUUGGUAUCAAUCCAGCACAGGCAGCACCUUUAACCAUGACUCCAGUCACUGAAAAGGAUACACCAUUUGCUCCUCCUCAUGUAUUUUCAGAAAAUGAAGGUGAGGCAACUUCUGAAUCUGGACACCAAAGGCAGUUUAUUUCUAAUGUAUCUACAAACAACACUAGCACCAACAAUAACCCAGCUUUAACUGGCGCUGGUGGAGUGAACUUAUUCUUUCCCAGAACGAAUUCCAUUAGCAAUUCGUCACCAGGCGUCACCGCCACUGCUUCUGGAAAAUUUCCUACGAUUCCUCAGAUUAAUAGCGAGUUCUUUUCGGACUCUUCAUCCAAGCAGAAGUUGAUCACCGAGUUGGAUUCCAUGAUCAAGUUAUUCACCCAGGGUUUGGAAGCGUUGGAGGAUCACAUACAGACAACUCCUGUUGGGAUACUCUAAAAAAAAGAUGUGUAUUACGUCAGGUGGAUAUUCUUUUGAAAGUACUCAUAGAGAGGGAAUUCAUACAUGGUAAAUAGUAAUAUAUCUAACAUCUUUUAUGUA